AUGUCAGAACCUGUGAAAGAAUCAAGGAAGGUGUCUCAAUUUGACAAAAAUCUUGAUUUACAGACAUUAUUUGUGAGAUCUAUUCCAGAAGGUGUAACAGAUGAAACUUUGACCUCAUUUUUUUCUAAUUUUGCUCCAUUAAAGCAUGCCGUUGUAGUUAAGGAUGUUAACAAAAAAUCUAGAGGUUUCGGUUUUGUAAGUUUUGCAUCAGAAGCCGACGCUGAAGAUGCCUUACAUAAGUCUAGAAAAGCUAAGUUAGAGAACCACCUUUUGAGAGUUGAUUUUGCCAAAAGAAGAGAUCGUAACAAGAAGGAUAAUGCAGAGUCAACCCCAGCUCAAAAAGAGCCACUGGCUACUGCUGAUGACGAUGAGGCAUUGAAGGGUAAGCCUAAAUUAAUUAUUAGAAACAUGCCAUGGAGUUGUCGUGAUCCAAACGAAUUGAAAAAGAUUUUCGGUAGAUUUGGUACUGUUGUAGAGGCUACUAUUCCAAGAAAGCGUGAUGGUAAGUUAUGCGGUUUUGCAUUUAUUACAAUGAAAAAGAUAAGUAAUUGUAAAAAUGUACUUGAUAAUUGUAAAGAUUUGAAGAUUGAUGGUAGAACUGUUGCAGUUGAUUUUGCCGUUCAAAAAAAUAGAUGGGAAUCAUAUCAAUCUAAACAUGAAAAACCUGCCAAAAAGGAGGAUGAAAACGAUGAAGAAGAAAGCGAUGAUGACGAUAACAGUAACGAAAACGAAGAAACUGAAGAUAAAAAUGAUGUUGAAAUGAAUUCUGAUGAAGAAGUUGAUGAAGAAGAAGAAAAAAAAUACAAGCAACGUAAUCAGAAGAAUAGAAGAGAUCAAUUUUCUAUCUUCGUACGUAAUGUUCCUUAUGAUGCAACCGCUGAAUCAUUGGUAGAACACUUUUCGAAGUUUGGUAAGGUUAGAUAUGCUUUACCUGUUAUAGAUAGAGAGACCGGUCUUGCCAAGGGUACUGCGUUUGUUGCAUUCACUGAUGAAAAGGUAUACGAUUACUGUGUUCAAAAUGCUCCUGCAGCUGGUUCUACUUCACUAUUGAUUGGUGAUGAUGUUUUACCAGAAUACGUUUAUGAAGGUCGUGUUUUAUCUGUCACACCAACUUUGGUCAGAGAAGAAGCUAAUAUUAGGGCAGAAAGGAAUGCUGAAAAGAGAAAAGAAGCCUUAGGAAAGGCACCUGGCGAACGUGAUAAACGUAAUCUAUAUCUGUUGAACGAAGGUAAAGUCGUUGAUGGCUCCAAGAUGGCAGAGUUAUUAUCAACAAAGGAUAUGGAAAUUAGAGAUAAAUCUUACGAAUUAAGAGUUGAACAAUUGAAAAAGAAUCCAUCUUUACAUCUAUCCAUGACUAGAUUGGCUAUUAGAAAUUUACCAAGAGCUAUGACAGAUAAAACAUUGAAGGCACUUGCUCGUAAGGCUGUUGUGGAAUUUGCUAUAGAAGUCAAAGAUGGAAAAAGACAUCCUCUGUCGCAAGAAGAAAUUGUUAGAUCUACAAAAGAAAAAUACAAAUUUAUGACUCCUGAGGAAAUUGCCCAUCAAAAGAAGAAGGACAAGAAACACGGUAUCGUUAAGCAAGCUAAGGUUAUUAUGGAAGUCAAAGGCUCGAAGACUGGUAGAAGUAGAGGUUAUGGUUUCGUAGAAUAUAAAGAUCAUAAACAUGCUCUGAUGGGUCUGAGAUGGAUGAAUGUUCAUUUGGUUUCGCAAGAAGAAGUUAUUGAUGGACUUGAUGAGGAAGAGAAGAAAAUGAUUGACAUGGAAUCUACCAAAUCUAGACGUUUAUGUGUCGAAUUUGCUAUUGAAAAUGCUAAUGUUGUUAAAAGAAGAAGAGAUAACGUCCAUAAUGCUAGAGAAAGCUCUAAAAGAAAGAGAGAAGAGAAGGUAGAACAAGAUGAAUCUGCUAAGAAAGCUAAAAUAGAGGAAUCACAAAAACCUGAAGAUACAAAGGAUGGCAUGGGUGCGGAUAUUAAAAGAUUAAUUGGUUUCAAGAGAAGACAGAAGCAUCAUAGAAAGUAG